AUGGACUUUCCAAAGGGGUUGGAUCCACAAGUUUCCAAACAGCACCUACUAUAUCACUCAUAUUCGCCGGUGGUUUCACUACAAUCAACUCAUAAUGCCGAUUUAUUCUUUCAAUCAGUACUAAAUCGCAAUGAUUCAAUAUCUACUUUGCAAAUAUUCAAACCCUUUGGCAACAAUAUCAAAUAUGCAAUACCUAAUCAACAGUUUAAAAUUACCAACACGCUGCUAAUUACAAAGAGUUAUGAUUUUUUCCCAAUAAGGUUUGAGUCUACAUUGCCUGAGAUACUCUCGGUGACCAAUGCCCAGCAGAGAAGGAGCCAUGAUGGUGUGAGUGUAUCCAGUAGAGAACUGAACUCAUCGAUGAGUGGGUCAGGGGGAGGGUCUAUGGGAAAUGCCAUAGCAAUGGAAACUCCGCAAUUGGAACAAAGAUUUAGAAUCUCUUCGCUAGAACUGUACUUGCGUCAUGCCGCUAAAGAGAAUACCCCCGAUUCAGAGUUGUAUCUAACUUUUCUUGACAAGAUCAUUACUUCAAAUAGACCAACUCCAUUUGAGACCUUCAAUCAUCCAGUGGCCCAGAUUUUUGUUAUCGAUUAUGAGAAUGAUACGAUAGACAAUCUACGUAAAUUGAUGGUUGAGUUUAGAAACUACAAUUUCCCAAAAUAUUUUCAAAUUGAUGAUUUAUUGAUGCAUGUGUUUGUUGUAUUCGAUUCAACAAAGUACAAUGCUAGUGAAUUAUCAGGGUUCCAGCAGAACAUCAGACUGAAGUUGAAUAUUGAAUCGACUUUACUUGCCAUAAGAUCUGAUGUAGCAGAUGAACCUGUAUCAUUGUCCUUGCUUGAAAAUUGUACAAUUGAAGAAGAUUUGCAGCGUCUUUCCCUAAAUGAAGAAACUAAAACUUUUGACAUGCCCCUGUCCAUCGAUACAUCAAUAAAGUUUGGUGUAAAUACCUUCAUCAACAAAUGUCUCAUUCCACAUAUGCAGAAUAAAUUACGACUUUGGGAUGAUCAAGUAUUGCAACCAAAGAAAUCAAUUACAGGAAGAUUUUUCUCAGCAUCUCGAAAACUCUUCAACAAUAGCGAUUCAAACUUGCUUUCAUCGACUUCGACCUCAACUUCAACUUCAACUUCAACUUCGUCACAUUCAUCAUUCAACCAUCGUGAAAAUCAAUACUACAAAUCUUCCCCCGAGCAGAUGACAAGAAAACUUGCUGAUUGGUCACUAAUGCUAAAAGAUUUCAAGUAUGCAUAUUCAACGUAUGACAUUGUGCGAAAAGACUACAGUAGUGAACGAGCAUGGCUUUAUGGUGCUUCAACGCAAGAAAUGUGCAUAGUGUCUCUUUUAUUACAACAUACUACAAACUCCACCACCCCACCAGAUAGAAAUACAUUGCGUCGGAUCAAACACGAUAUCAUUGAGCCGUACAUGGAUAAUUUAUCAUACACAUUCAAAUCGAGAUUCAAUUUAAAGACCUACAGUCUUGCAAGCUUUAUAAUUGUCGUUGAGUUACUUUUGCUCAUGUGUCAAACUUAUCAACAGUCAAUAUGGUGGUUUGAUUUGAUUGAGAAAUACUUGCACAAAUCAGUCGACGAGUUUGAUAGUUCAAUGCCAAACCUGUCGUAUUCAGCAAUAAAGGGUCUUUUAUUUGAAAGAUUGGGGUAUAAUAAUGGCCGUUAUUUCGUCACUUCGGGAAAAUACAUUACUGACCUGGCGACUGAACCAGAGCCAGUUGAAGAAGGAAUGCAUCGAAAUAAAUUUAAACUUGAAUCAACAAGGUCGUCAAUGGGGUUAACCAAAUUUAGAAAAUCGGCAUUGUGGUACUUAUUGUCGAUGAAUGAGUGGCAUAAUGCUGGAUUAAAACUCCAGAUAGAUCGACUUUUGCCAAAUGUGAUGCAUGUCUAUGAGAUGAAUGUUGAAGGACGGAGUAACGAUGAUGAUGAUGAGAAUGAUGAAACAUUGUGGUUUAAUAGAAAAGAUUACUUAUUAAGUAGAAUUAGAGACAUAUAG